AUGACCGAGGCGGCGCUGGUGGAGGGCCAGGUCAAGCUGCGGGACGGCAAGAAGUGGAAGACUAGGUGGCUGGUGCUGCGCAAGCCGUCGCCGGUGGCAGACUGCCUGCUGAUGCUGGCCUACAAGGACAAGUCGGAGCGCGCCAAGGGGCUGCGGGAGCGCAGCAGCCUCAUGCUGGAGGACAUCUGCGGCCUGGAGCCCGGCCUGCCCUACGAGGGCCUGGCCCACACGCUGGCCAUCGUCUGCCUGUCGCAGGCCGUCAUGCUGGGCUUCGACAGCCGCGAGGCCAUGUGCGCCUGGGAUGCCCGCAUCCGCUACGCGCUGGGUGAGGUGCACAGGUUCCACGUGACCGUGGCUCCAGGCACGAAGCUGGAGAGCGGCCCGGCCACCCUGCACCUCUGCAACGACAUCCUCGUCGUGGCCAGGGACGUCCCUCCGGCCGUCGCGGGGCAGUGGAAGCUGUCGGACCUCCGGCGCUACGGGGCCGUGCCCAAUGGGUUCAUCUUUGAAGGCGGGACCAGGUGUGGGUACUGGGCCGGGGUCUUCUUCCUGUCCUCGGCCGAGGGAGAGCACAUCAGCUUCCUGUUCGACUGCAUCGUCCGUGGCAUCUCCCCGACCAAGGGUCCAUUUGGGCUGCGGCCGGUUCUCCCAGACCCGAGCCCUGGGGGCCCCGCCGUGGAGGAGCGCGUGGCCCAGGAGGCCCUGGAAACCCUGCAGCUGGAGAAGCGGCUCGGCCUCCUCUCCCACUCUGGCCGGCCGGGCAGUGGAGGGGACGGCCGCAGCCUGUCCAGCUCGUCUUCAGAGGCCAGCCACUCGGAUGUCGGCGCCAGCGGUCGGCUCACGCCGUGGCCAGAGCCGUCGUCGUCCUCGGCCGGCACAUCACAGGAGGGUCCGGGGCCGGCAGCCGCCCAGGCCCCGGGGGAGGCCGCGCCCGGCUCCUCGAGGCCGCCCCCCAAGCCGCUGCGGCCGCGGCAGCUGCAGGAGGUCGGCCGCCAGAGCUCCUCGGACAGCGGCAUCGCCACGGGCAGCCACUCCUCCUACUCGGGCAGCUUCUCGUCCUUCGCGGGCAGCAGCCUGGACGUGUGGCGCGCGGCCGACGAGCUCGGCUCCCUGCUCAGCCUGCCGGCGGCCGGGCCGCCCGAGCUCAGCCUGUGCGCCUGCCCCCCGGGGGCGGCCGAGUACCAGGUGCCCGCCGCCCCGCGGCCCCACUACGACACGCCCCGCAGCCUGCGCCAGGCCCCCCGGGACCAGCCGCCCACGGCACAGGGAGGCCCCGACGAUGGAGCCGCCGGGGACUCGGGAGGCCGGCCGUCGGCGGGGUGUCCCUCCGGCUGGCUGGGCGACAGACGGCAGGGACAGGCGACAGAGGCCCCGGCGGGCACGGGCGAGCCCUGGGAAGCGGGCGCCCCCAGCGUGGGGCCGCCUCCGGCUCUCUUUGCCGUGUGUCUGGUCUGUGGAGGACUGAAGGUAAAGCCCCCUCCCUGA